CACGCCCCUGCAUGGGAAGGAGAUUCCUGGGCAGAUGGCUCUGUCAUCAACAAAGUCUGAACGAGAUGCACAGCUGGGAGCUGCAGCAGACCGGAACGAAGGAGUCCCCAUCAUCAACCCAACCACAAUCCCCCGGAUGGAGCGAGGGGAAGAGCCCAGGGUCCCAGAUCUCCAGAGCUCUGAGGGGAGGAAGAUCCCAAGAGGUGCCCGUGCAGGUAACAAGCCCUGGCUAGAUUCUCUCUCUCUCCCAGUAGGUGCCGGGACAGCCAGUGAGAAUGGGGAGGAGAAUCCCCAUCACGAAGGGCCUGCAGAACAAGAGCAACACGGGAUGUCCUGGAGCCCCGAGCAGGGAGAUGUCGGUGAGGCAGGACGGCAGCAAGGAGACCUUAUGAGGGAGAGCUCUGCUGAACAGGAAGGAGAUCCCUGGCAGCUCCAAGACUUCUCUGGCUGUCAGGAGGAGAGACUGGUCAUAUGUGGGCAGUGUGGGGAGAGCAUCUCUCAAUACAAAGACCUCGCUGAGCACCAGAGAUCCCAUAGAGGGGAGAGACCCCAUCAAUGCCCUGACUGCGGGAAGGGUUUCACCUGCAGCUCCCACCUCCUCCAGCACCAGCGCACCCACACUGGUGAGAGACCCUUCCAGUGCCCCGACUGCGGGAAGGGCUUUGGGGUCAGCUCCCACCUUGUUGUCCACCAACGGGUCCACACGGGGGAGCGCCCCUACAAAUGCCCCAGCUGCGGGAAGGGCUUUAGCCAGAGCUCCCACCUGGCCAAGCACCAGCGCAUCCACACUGGGGAGCGGCCCUACAGGUGUGCAGCCUGUGGGAAGAGCUUUGGGGACAGCUCCUACCUGAUCCAGCACCAGUACACCCACACCGGGGAAAGCCCCAGCCUGGCUGGUGGGAUGGGUGCGGAGGAGAGGCCUUACCCAUGUCCCCAGUGCGGGAAGAGCUUUGGCACCAAGCUGGCCUUGAGCCGGCACCAGAAGGUGCACAGCGAGGAGCGGCCCUAUGAGUGCGCUGAAUGCGGGAAGAGUUUCAAGCUAAGCCGGCUGCUUAUUCAACACCAGCGGAUCCACACUGGGGAGCGGCCCUACCGAUGCCCCGACUGCGGGCAAAACUUCGGCCGCAGCUCCCACCUCCGCUCGCACCAGCACAUCCACACCGGCGAGAAACCCCACCCUUGCCCUGACUGCGGGAAGGGCUUCAGCCACGGCUUCCAGCUGGCUCAGCACCGGCGUGUCCACACGGGAGAGCGGCCCUACGGGUGCCCUGACUGCGGGCGCAGCUUCAGCCACCGCUCCACCCUCAUCAAGCACCAGCGCACCCACACCGGGGAGCGGCCCUACCACUGUGCCCAGUGUGGCAAGGACUUCAACUGGAGCUCGGCGUUCAUCAAGCACCGCCGGACCCACUCGGAGGAGCGGCCCUUCCGCUGCGCAGACUGUGGGAAGGGCUUCCGUGAGAGCUGCACCCUCAUCCAGCACCAGAAGAUCCACUCAGAAGAGAAACCCUACAAAUGCCCCGACUGCUGCAAGAGCUUCAGCCUCAGCUCCUACCUCGCCCGACACCAGAAAAUGCACACGGAAGGGCCUGCAGGAGCAGAGUCGCAGGGGAGGUCCCAGAGCCUCAAGUGGGGAAAUGCUGAACAAGGAGGAGCCGGGACAUUCUCAGGAAGAGGUGUGGCCAGAACCCCACAAAUGUCCCUCUUGCCACCCGAGCUGGGGGAGCCACUGACCAUCUGCAGCCAGUGUGGGAAGAGCUACAGCCUGAGCACCCAGUUCCUGCGGCACCAGCGGACCCACGUCCGUGAAAAACCCUUCAAGUGCGACGAGUGCGGGAAGAGUUUCGUGGACAGCUCAGCCCUGCUCACGCACCGGCGUGUCCACACUGGGGAGCGGCCCUACCGCUGUGCCGACUGUGGCCGGAGCUUCAGCCGCAGCUCCAACCUGAUCCGGCACCAGCGCACCCACCGGGGACUGCGGCCCCACCAGUGCCCCGACUGUGGAAAGAGCUUUGUUGAGGCCUCCUGCUUCCUGCAGCACCGGCACUCCCAUGCAGGUGAGCGCCCCUACCUCUGCCCUGACUGCGGGAAGAGCUUCCGCCACCGCUCCGUCCUCCUGGCCCACCGCCGCACCCACCUGGGGGAGCGGCCCUACACCUGCUCUGAUUGUGGGAGGAGCUUCCACCAGAGCUCCCAGCUCUCCGCCCACUGCCGGGCUCACCUGGGCAUCAGGCCCUUCCAGUGCCCUGACUGUGAGAAGAGCUUCUUGGACAGUUCCUCUCUGAUCAUCCACCAGCGCAUCCACACCGGAGAGAAACCCUACAGGUGCCCUGAGUGCGGGCGCAGCUUCAGCCGCAGCUCCAACCUCCUCCGGCAUCAGCGCAUCCAUGCCAGGGACCAGCCCUUCAAGUGCCCCCAGUGCUGGAGGAGCUUCCGGGAUGGCUCGGGUCUGGCUCAGCACGAGGGGUCCCACCUGAAAGCUAAGACGUACCAGUGCACCCAGUGUGGGAAGGGUUUCAGCCAGAGUGCCACCCUCAUUAGGCAUCAGAGAAUUCACACCGGGGAGCGGCCCUACACCUGCUCUGAGUGCGGGAAGAGCUUCAGCCAGAGCUCCACCCUCUUCCGACACCGGAGGAUCCACACAGGCGAAAGGCCCUACAAGUGUCCCCAGUGUGGGAAAAGCUUCAUCGAGAGCUCGGCCCUGAUCCAGCAUCAGAGAAGUCACAUGUGACAGAGGCUACUAGGGAGUACAUCCGUUGGAGGUCAACUAUUGGCCAGUAUCAGAGUGGUGCUGGUAGGAGCAAGUGCCUGGAAUAUCAUGGAUUAAUUGGUGGGAGGAAACAUCAACCAUUGGCCAAUGUCAGUGUGGUAUUGGCAUGACAUCAUGGCUGGAACAUCGUAGAUUAAUUGGCUGGAGGAGAGGAUCAACUAUUGACCAAUAUCACCAUGGUGUUGUUGUGCAUUUGUGUCUGAAAUAUCAUAGAUUCAUCAGAUGGAUGAGAAUGUCAACAACUGGCCAAUGUCAACAUGGCUUUGGUGUGAGAAGUGUGUCUGAAUUAUCAUAAAUUAAUCAGCCACAGGAGGUCAACCAUUGGCCAAUGUCAACAUGGUUUUGGUGUGAGAAUGUGGCUGGAUUAUUGUAGAUAAAUCAACCCAAGGCAAAGAUCAACCAUUGGCCAAUGUCAACGUGGUUUUGAUGUGAGAAUGUGGCUGGACUGUCAUAGAUAAAUUGACUGGAAUUUUCAAAUGACCCUAAUGUUGCAACCAGAUUCAAACUCCUCCCUUGGAAAUCCCAACCAUAGGUGUGAAAGGCCAGAAAGAACCAUUACUGUCACCCAGCCUGUCCUUGUGCCUAGCACAAUGAUAUACUGACGUUCAGGAGGUGCGGAGUCUUCUCAGUGGUAAUUGUACUUUCCUGUUUCUGUACGAAUUGUCUUUUCCAAGGUGUGUUUGAUGUGGUAUUUAACAAGGUGAAACAAGGUGAAACAUUUCCCAAAAUGAGACCCCAUCAUUUCUGCUGUGUAAAUGGACCAAAUGUCAGUGUUCAAAGUGACCUGCAGAGGGGGAGGAGGGAAAAUUAAGGCUGGGUUUGGGUCUCUUUUCUUUAUCUUUUGUGAAAAAAGUCUGGCCAUUUUAUUUUUUAAAAAAUUCUGCUUGGUUUGGGUGUGUCCCACAGUAAAGCCGUGUCUACACACAACGUUUGUAGCUCUUUCACUACACUGGUCUAGUUACAGUAGUGUGGGCUCUGUUAUACUGUUAGGAAGGGAACGUUUUUGUAUUAUUGCUGUUCAUUUCUAUUUACCAUAGUGCCUAGGAAUCCUUGGUGUGGACCAAAACCCCAUGGUGCUUGGUGCUGUACAAAGGCGGAACAAGACGUCAUUUCCUGCCCCAGAAACCAUACAAUCUAAGUCCAAAACAAGAGACCACCGAUGGAUACAGACGGAAUGAUGGUGGAGUACAAGGAAACAAUGGGACAGUACUGGUCAGAGUGACUGACUGUGGUCUCAGCACCAGCAGUCUCACCCCUGUCAAGUUUUUGGUAGGACUGAUGGCAUAGGAGGGAUUUGAAGGAGGAGGAUGUUUAAGGAGGGGCCCCCUCCCUGGCGUGAGGGUUCAGCAUGGGAGAAAGCACAAAGGGGUUGGUUGGAAAAUGUUAAUCCAAUCUGGACUGAACAAUGGUCAGUGAUGGAGAGUCCACCACGACCCUUGGAGAGUUGUUCUUAUGCUUAAUUAUGAUCCUCGCAAAACUUUGCCCCUUAGUUCCAGUCUGAAUUUGUCUAGCUUCAGCCUCCAGCCAUUAGAUUUUGUUAUGCAAUGUAACUGUAUCAGUUAAAAAAAAAAAAAAUCACACCCUGACCAACAAACUGCUGGUAAAAGACCUAUUGGGGAGACAGUAAUACUGGUGAUAAAGGCCUGCUGUAGGGUGACCAAAUGUCCUGAUUUUAUAGGGACAGUCCCAAUUUUGGAGUCUUUUUCUUAUACAGGCUCCUAUUACCCCCCCACUCCCUGUCCUGAUUUUUCACACUUGCUGUCUGGUCACCCAUGUCUAUUGUUGGAAUAGCUUAUUCUGUCCGGGGAAAUGAUAUAAGUCAAGCUAAAAGAACUCUUUUGGUGGUAUAAGCUAUGUCUCCACUAGGGGGCUUGCUAAUAUAACUAUCCUGCUAUAACAGGUGUUCUCAAACUUUUUUUGCUGGGACGGGGACCCCCUUUGAAAAUACUUCAGGCUGUGAUGACCUCCCCCCAAAAAGCGAUGCCCCGCUCAUGCCAUCCUUACUUCUGCGCUGCUGCUGGCAACAGCGCUGCCUUCAGAGCUGGGCGCCAGGCCUGCAGCCACUGCUCUCGCAACCCCCCUACAAUAGUCUUGUGGUCCCCUUUUGGGCCAGGAGCCCCCAAUUUGAGAAACUCUGUGCUAUAAACUAUACAUUUCCCAAACCCAAAGAAAAGCUCUGGGUAAGUGCGUCUAUCUUACCAGCAGAAGUUGGUCCAU